GGCAAACCCGUAAUUUUAGACGAAGGUGCCCGUAGUCCAUUCUUCUUUCCUCUCCUUUUCCGACUCUGAAACCAUUCAUGUUUGGUAGGCGAAUUCUUCUUCUGCAACAAGACAAUUAUAACUAUUCCCUAACGGCUUGCAUUUUCUCUAUUCUCCAAAUCUAUAUAUAAGAAUCCCACUAUCUUGUGCCAGAAAUUCGUACCUUAUUCUAUCUCCAUCGAUUGCUUUCUUCACAAAUUGUACAAGUUUGAUACAUUCUUCUUUUCCACGACAGCAAAUUAGCCUUUUCUUUUUGUUUGGAUUUGAGAGGCGAUAAUUUGUUAAGUGUAGAGACAGAGAGAGGGAUAGGAUGUUUAACGGAAUGAUGGAUCCUGAAUUGAUCAGACUUGCUCAGGAGCAAAUGAGUCGCAUGUCGCCCGCCGAGUUAGCCAGGAUCCAACAACAGAUGAUGUCUAAUCCAGAGUUGAUGAAAAUGGCCUCAGAAAGUAUGAAGAACAUGAAGCCUGAAGACUUGAGACAGGCUGCUGAACAGUUAAAGCAUACCCGUCCAGAGGAUAUGGCUGAGAUUGGUGAGAAAAUGGCUAAUGCAUCACCUGAAGAGAUAGCUUCCUUGCGUGCCCGUUUUGAUUCCCAGGUCGCCUAUGAAAUAAAUGCAGCCCAGAUGCUGAAGAACCAAGGUAAUGAACUUCACAACCAAGGAAGGUUCAAAGAUGCCUUGCAGAAAUAUCUGCUUGCAAAGAAAAACCUAACAGGAAUUCCAUCCUCCAAAGGGAGAUCACUUUUGUUGGCAUGCUCUCUUAACCUGAUGUCAUGUUACUUGAAAACAAGGCAGUAUGAAGAAUGCAUAACUGAAGGAUCAGAGGUCUUGGAAUAUGAUGCAAAGAAUGUCAAAGCUCUCUAUCGGAGGGGCCAAGCAUAUAAAGAACUAGGGCAGUUGGAAGAUGCCGUCUCUGAUUUGAGCAAUGCACAUGAAGUUUCUCCUGAUGACGAAACUAUUGCAAAUGUUUUAUGGGAUGCAAAGGAAAGGUUGACUCAAGAAGGUGGUCAACGUGCACCAAGAUUGGUAAUUGAGGAAAUAACUGAAGAAGUUGAGACUACAUCUUCUCAAAAGCUAGGUGCUUCUGCAGAGUGCUCGGCCUCGCAACCACAGCAAACUGUUGAUGCUCCUAACCAUCAAAGUAGAGCUAAUGGCAGGGGUUCAACCAAUUCAGGUUCUCUGCAUGCUUUAAAAGAUGACCCAGAAGCUAUAAGCAGAUCAUUCCAAAAUUUCAUAUCUAAUGCUGAUCCUGAAACUUUGGCUGCUUUAAGUGGUGCAAAAGCUGGAGAGAUGUCUCCUGAGAUGUUCAAAACUGCCUCAAAUAUGAUCAGUAAGCUGUCAUCUGAAGAACUCCAGAAAAUGAUUCAAAUGGCCUCCUCAUUUCAGGGGGGAAAUCCAUACGCUGCAGGUGGUUCUUCGAAUGCUGGUCUUAAUCUUAACAGUUCAGCUCCUCCGAAUGUGUCGCCAGACAUGCUUAAAACAGCUACUGAUAUGAUUAGUAAUCUGCCCCCACAAGAGCUUCAGAGAAUGUUUGAAAUGGCAAGUUCUUCAGAAACUAGUUUACCCAGCUCAGUUCCUCCAAAUAUGUCCCCAGACAUGCUUAAAACAGCAACUGAUAUGAUGAGUAGGAUGUCCCCAGAAGAGCUUCAAAAAAUGUUUGAAAUGGCAUCCUCUUUGAGAGGAAACAACUCGGUUCCAACAGCAUCAGCUUUAAAUAAUACUGAACGAAGUUUGGACAAUGGGUCAAAACUGACAGGGCGCCAAGGAAGUUUUGCAGCUGAUAGCAGUGUUACUAGUGAAACGAGUUUGUCUGAUGGUUUACUUUCAAGAUCAAGAAGUGUUUCUCAGCCAAGCUUUUCUAGCUCAACAACUGACAUGCAAGAGCAAGUGAGAAACCAAAUGAAAGAUCCAGCUAUGCGACAGAUGUUCACAUCAAUGAUGAAGAAUAUGAGCCCAGAGAUGAUGGCCAACAUGAGUGAACAAUUUGGAUUGAAACUUUCUCCGGAAGAUGCAGCAAAAGCUCAACAAGCUAUGUCAUCUUUGUCACCGGAGGACUUGGAUAGAAUGAUGCGAUGGGCAGAUAGGAUCCAGAGAGGAGCUGAAGGUGCAAGGACUGCAAAGAACUGGUUACUAGGGAGACCCGGUAUGAUUAUGGCUAUAUGCAUGCUCAUCUUAGCCGUGAUCCUUCACUGGCUAGGCUACAUUGGGAGGUAGGGAGGCCCCAACUCUUAUUUGAAAGUUGUCAGGCAAGUUAACUUCAAUCUCAGCUUAGAUUUGGCUGAACCAUUCUUGUACCCUUGAAAUAAGAAUGGGAAGUAGAAAGAGAAGCAGAGGGUUUAGGGAAUGAAGGAAAUUGAGAAAUUGGAGGGCAGCUGUAAUUUGUGCAUUUGUUUGAAGAAGAUGAUUAUCCACAAUCUUUUGAUUUGUUAAACUUCUAAUUUUUGUUUUGUAAACUAAUAGGGUGAGAAUAUCUGAAUUCCUAAAAUGGAAUCUCGGAAAGGAGAUUCAAUGUGUUGAACUAAUGUCCAAAAACUUUGUAACCUAUCUAUAUAAUAAACUAUAAAUCUAUUAAUCCUCCGUUAGGCCAA